UUCUUUCUUCAUGCGGCCGACGCUUAGCCUCUUCAAGGGGAGAUCUGCUUGGAAAGGUCCGUAUUUUGUGGCCUUUUCCAACCUUAAAGAUGCCGCCCAACGGAAUGUCGCGAUAAAGACUCAAGCCCGGGCAUGCACGAUUCUACCCAACUUCGUUGGCAUUCGAUUUCUCGUUCAUAACGGCAAGCAGUACCUACCCGUACUCGUGACGCAGGACAUGGUGGGACACAAGCUGGGCGAGUUUUCGCACACGAGGAAGAACAAUCCAACAAAACAAAAGAUGACGAAGGAAUCCAAGAAACGGUGACAGGUCAACACUGUACCAAGCAUGUCUUUAUACGUUGCAAUUCAUUUUCCGUCACGCUUUCCCUGGCACCUCCGUUCUUGUCGUAUGAGAAGUGUGAACCUUUCCUUGUGAAGAGUACCUGCCGCUUUCCGAGCCUGUGAACAUACCGAAUAUGCAUAUGGAGAUAAACGUCGUCCGUGGUUUUAUCUUAAUUUACGAGCGGGGAACCAUCUUCCUUUUCCCUGCAUAACAUUAGGUUAGUCGACUGUCUUGGAAACGUUCCAUUCAGUUUCCUGGGCACCAGUGACAGCAGCUCGGCUUGAGACGUGUAGGUUCUGUCUCUUCUGAGAACCAGAUGCCGGCUUCUCUGUGUUGACAAUGCUAUUCAGACGUCAAAAGCUAUUCCGGUGGUAUCUUUCUUGCAC